AUGGAUAAAAUUCCAGAACAUUUAACUCACCUAUUGGAGACGUCAAAGUACCUACACCUGGGCACUUGCUCAAAAGACUGUGUGCCUUCAGUCUCAUUAAUGAACUAUACGUAUUUUCCACCUCAUAAAGCAUAUAAUCAACAAGCUGGAGCACAUUAUAUCAUAUUUCCGGUAAUGAUGGAUUCUAAUAAGUACCAUAAUAUUGUUGAGAAUCCAAAAGUGUCUGUUCUAAUCCAUGACUGGGUGACUGCUAAGAAGCUAUCCCUAAACAAGACAAGCGUGCCAAAUACCCCUAAUCUACAGCCAACAGAAAAUCAAGAGGUUCUGGCUCCUAGUAAGUUACUAAACCUUCUAGAAGAGUUGAAUCAGGCUGAACUCUCUCAGAUGAGUGGUACACUGCGCGGGCUGGCUGAAGUGGUGGAUCCUCAAUCUGAAGAGUCGAGUUUCUAUCAGAAAGCGUUGUUGAAGGCUAAUCCUGACGCGCAAUGUUUUAUUGAAGGAGAGAAUAUUGCAAUUGUCAAGGUCCAAAUUCAAGGAGCAACUGUCUCUGACAGCAAAAAUAAAACUAGCGUUUACCAGUAG